UACAAGAAACCAAAUUAAAUUCCAACGAUCGAGUACUCAUCAAGAAAGAAAAAUUCUCAAAAAUGGCCGUGCCAUUGAACAUUCUUAUCAUAGCUAUCUCCCUUAUUGCCUUAUCUCCUCUUUGUUCGUGUUCCAAAGCUUACGGAAGUGGAGACUAUCUCUUCCCUCAAUUCUACGACCACUCGUGUCCUAAAGCUCAAGAGAUUGUUCAGUCUAUUGUCGCUAAAGCAUUCGCACAGGAUCCUCGCAUGCCUGCCUCCUUGCUCAGACUCCAUUUCCACGAUUGUUUCGUCAAGGGGUGUGAUGCUUCCAUACUAUUGGACAAUAGUGGAACCAUAAUCAGCGAGAAACGAUCAAACCCUAACCGAAACUCAGCCCGUGGUUUCGAACUCAUAGAAGAAAUCAAACAAGCCUUGGAACAAGAGUGUCCUGAAACAGUUUCUUGUGCUGAUAUCUUGGCUCUCGCCGCUAGAGACUCUACCGUCAUUACAGGUGGGCCGAGCUGGGAAGUACCACUAGGGAGAAGAGACGCGAGAGGAGCAAGCUUGAGUGGUUCCAACAACGACAUUCCUGCUCCAAACAGCACAUUUCAAACCAUCCUCACUAAGUUCAAGCGUCAAGGCCUCACUCUCGUUGAUCUUGUCUCUCUUUCUGGAAGUCACACCAUAGGGAACUCGAGGUGUACAAGUUUCCGACAGAGGUUAUACAACCAAUCUGGCAACGGAAAGCCUGAUCAAACCCUAAACCAAUACUACGCAUACGGGUUGCGCAAGCAAUGUCCUAGAUCCGGCGGUGACCAAAAACUCUUCUUCCUAGACUUUGCGACGCCCUUCAAAUUCGACAACCACUACUUCAAGAACCUGAUAAUGUACAAAGGGCUAUUGAGCUCAGACGAGGUGCUGUUCACGAAGAACAGGGAGUCGAGAGAGCUGGUGAAGCUGUAUGCGGAGAAUCAAGAGGCUUUCUUCGAGCAGUUCGCGAAGUCGAUGGUAAAGAUGGGGAAUAUAUCACCAUUGACGGGAGGGAGGGGAGAGAUCAGGAGAAUCUGUCGGAGGGUUAACCAUGCUUAUUAAUGAAACCCAUAUAUUUAUGCGAAAUGUAACCAGUCAGUCAUGGUUGAGUGUUCAUAUGCAUUUGCUUCUUUUGGCUUUAAUUUUUGCAUUUGUAUAAAUUUGUGUGUAUUGUAUGAGUUUGGUUUGGGAAGAAGGAAGAAGAUUGUGUGUUUCGUUUCGAGUGUAUGGGCACAAAUGUAUUUGGUGUUUUCUUUAUUUAAACGAUUACAAUUU